AUGAAGGGCUUUGUCAUGGAAGCGACCACCGUGUACAGAACGGCAAACACCCCUGCAGAAGUGACACACAGACAUAAGCAGGCAGGCAUCGUAGAACAAGGAGACAAACGAGAGAAGCGGAAGUGUGCCUCCUUGGUCGGCGUCCGACCGGCUCCUCCGGUGUGUGGCAGCAACUGCUUCCUGGAGGCCUGUGUGUGUCGGUGCGUGGACAGCUUGCAGCUUCAGAAGUGGGAAUGCAGCCUGUUUCAGAGGACACAGUGUGAUUGUUCGUGGCCAGCAGAAGACGGCCCACAGGAUGAGAUUCAGGCUCUUGGGUACCAAUGGACUCAGACACCAAGUCCUUCCCAUAGCCCACCUGGAACACUAAGGACUACUUUUAGCAAGCCCAAAACUGUGAAGCUCUGCAUUGUGCUGCUGGCAGCUUUCAUGCCCUCUCUGCCCUGUUGGUUGCUUAAGGGUCUGGACUCAGUGGUUGUUGAGGAUGUGGCUGUGGUCUUUACCCCGGAAGAGUGGGCUUUGCUGGAUCUUACUCAGAGGAAACUCUACAGAGAUGUGAUGAUCGAAACCUUCAGAAACCUGGCCUCAAUAGAUGAUUUGAAGUAUGAAACAGGAGAGAAGUCAAGCGAAAAACUGCAUGUUCGCUUUGUUAGAGAUAAGCCCUAUGAAUGUAGGGAAUUUAGGAAAGCCUUUAAUUUUUCCUCAGCCCUCACUGCACAUUUAGGCACUCACAGUGAAGAGAGGCCUUAUGAAUGUAAGGAACAUGGGAAAGCCUUUGGUUUGCCCUCAUACCUCACUACACAUAUAACAACUCACACUGGAGAGAGGCCUUAUGAAUGUAAUGAAUGCGGGAAAGACUUUAGGCAAUCCUCAAACCUCAUUGUACAUAGAAGGAUAUUAAAAACUCACAGUGGAGACAAGCCAUAUAAAUGUACAGAAUGUGCGAAAGCCUUUAGUCAGGCUUCAUCCCUUAUUACACAUAUAAGCACUCACAAUGGACAGAGGCCUUACGAAUGUAAGGAAUGUGGGAAAACAUUUAGGUAUUCUUCUAACUUCACUUCACAUAUAAGAACUCACAGUGGAGAGAAGCCUUAUGAAUGUAAGCAAUGUGGGAAAGCCUUUAGGCAGUCCUCAGGCCUCAUGACACAUAGAAGAAUUCAUACUGGAGAGAGGCCAUAUGAAUGUAAGGAAUGUGGGAAAGCCUUUACAGAUCCCUCACACCUCACCUCGCAUAUGCGAACUCACAGUGGAGAGAGACCUUAUGAAUGUGAGGAAUGUGGGAAAGCCUUUAGUCAGUCAGGAAACCUCACUAAGCAUAUAAGAACUCACACUGGGCAGAGGCCUUAUGAAUGUAAGGAAUGUGGGAAAGCCUUUAGUCUGCUCUCAACCCUCACUACACAUAUAAAAAUUCACAGUGGAGAGAAGCCUUAUGAAUGUAAGCAAUGUGGAAAAGCCUUUAGCAAGUCCUCAGGCCUCAUGACACAUAGAAGAAUUCAUACUGGAGAGCGGCCAUAUGAAUGUAAGGAAUGUGGGAAAGCCUUUAGUCACUCAGGAAACCUCACUAACCAUAUAAGAACUCACAAUGGGCAGAGGCCUUAUGAAUGUAAGGAAUGUGGGAAAGCCUAUCGUCAGCUCUCAAACCUCACUACACAUAUAAGAACUCACAGUGGAGAGAAGCCUUAUGAAUGUAAGCAAUGUGGGAAAGCCUUUAGGCAGUCCUCAGGCCUCAUGACACAUAGAAGAAUUCAUACUGGAGAGAGGCCAUAUGAAUGUAAGGAAUGUGGGAAAGCCUUUACAGAUCCCUCACACCUCACCUUGCAUAUGCGAACUCACAGUGGAGAGAGGCCUUAUGAAUGUGAGGAAUGUGGGAAAGCCUUUAGUCACUCAGGAAACCUCACUAACCAUAUAAGAACUCACAAUGGGCAGAGGCCUUAUGAAUGUAAGGAAUGUGGGAAAGCCUUUCGUCAGCUCUCAAACCUCACCACACAUAUAACAAUUCACAGUGGAGAGAAGCCUUAUGAAUGUAAGCAAUGUGGGAAAACCUUUAGGCAGUCCUCAGGCCUCAUGACACAUAGAAGAAUUCAUACUGGAGAGAGGCCAUAUGAAUGUGAAGAAUGUGGGAAGGCCUUUCUAACUUGCUCUUCUCUCACAAGACAUAUAAAAACUCAUAGUGGAGGACUUAGGAAUCGGAAGUGUGCCUCCUUGGUCGGCGUCCGACCGGCUCCUCCGGUGUGUGGCAGCAACUGCUUCCUGGAGGCCUUUGUGUGUCGGUGCGUGGACAGAAUUCAUACAGUAGAAAACCUCUGUGAAAGUAACGAAGGCAAUCCGUGUGGGAAAACCUUCAGCCGGGUUCCAAAUCUUACCGUGCAGAAAAGAAAUCCUCCAGAAGUAAAUCCUUUUGAAUGCUCUGACUGUGAAAAAGCCAUCAUGGAUCCCUCAUCACAUAACCACCAUGCCUGUCAGUUUAUUGCGUGUAGAGAAGCCUGUGGUGGUACCACUCCUAUGAGACCUCUUAGUGGCAAGAAACCCCAUAAGUGUGAGGUAUGUGGCAAGGAUUUCAUUUGUAUCUCAACUCUUAAGAAUCCUGUGACAACACUCACUAGUGACAAUCAGUAUAAAUGUAAUGAGUAUGGGAAAGAUUUCUGUAGUUUCUCGUCCUUUUGGACACAUGUGAGAGGUCACAACGGUGAAUGUAAAGAAAGUUCUUCUAGUGACCCUUUAUCCCUCCUUUUCUAUAACAGAGAUAAGCCCUAUGAAUGUAGGGAAUAUAGGAAAGCCUUUAAUUUUUCCUCAGCCCUCACUGCACAUUUAGGAACUCACAGUGAAGAGAGGCCUUACGAAUGUAAUGAAUGUGGGAAAGCCUUUAGAUGGCCCUCAUACCUCACUAAGCAUAUGCGAACUCACAGUGGAGAGAGGCCUUAUGAAUGUAAGGAAUGUGGGAAAGGCUUUAGUCAGUCAGGACACCUCACUACCCAUAUAAGAACUCACACUGGGCAGAGGCCUUAUGAAUGUAAGGAAUGUGGGAAAGCCUUUAGUCGGGUCUCAACCCUCACUACACAUAUAACAACUCACAGUGGAGAGAAGCCUUAUGAAUGUAAGCAAUGUGGAAAAGCUUUUAGGCAGUUCUCAGGCCUCAUAUCACAUAGAAGGAUUCAUACUGGAGAAAGGCCAUAUCAAUGUAAGGAAUGUGGGAAAGCCUUUAGGUAUUCUUCAGCCAUCGCUUUGCAUAGGAGAAUUCAUAGCGCUGUCAGGCCUUAUGAAUGUAAGGAAUGUGGGAAAUCAUUUAAGUAUUCUUCUACCUUCACUUCACAUAUAAGAAUUCACAGUGGAGAGAGGCCUUAUGAAUGUAAGGAAUGUGGGAAAGUCUUUAGGCAAUCCUCAAACCUCACUGUACAUAGAAGGAUUCACAGUGGAGAAAGGCCUUACGAAUGUAAGGAAUGUGGAAAAGCCUUUAAUUGUUCCUCACAUCUCAGUAAUCAUAGAAGAACUCACAGUGGAGACAAGGCAUAUAAACGUACACAAUGUGGGAAAGCCUUUAGUCAGGUCUCAUUCCUCACUAAACAUAUAAGAAUUCACAGUGGAGAGAAGCCUUAUGAAUGUAAACAAUGUGGGAAAGCCUUUAGCCAGUCCUCAGACCUCGUGACACAUAGAAGAGUUCAUACUGGAGAGAGGCCAUAUCAAUGUAAGGAAUGUGGGAAGGCCUUCGUGAUUUCUCGUCCUUCAGAAGACAUAUAA